AUGGAAGCAAUCACAAAAAUCUCUAACCUGUUCGCAUUACUUUUAGGUGUACUGUCGAACACAGCAGUCAGUGAGAGAUACUCUGGUCCGUACACCUCGUUUCGUUAUGACAGCACGUUCACAUCGACCAUCGAUGGCGGGAGUCUUGACGUUGCGAUCCUGCAUGGCUCGGCAGCCUCCACGUUUCGGCCUUCUCUGUCUUCGGAAGACAAGUCUGUUGUUCCACCUCCCUCGUUCUCUUCACAUUUUCGAUCGCGAUGUACCAUCGUGGAUUCCGCUGCCUCCUUAUGUUCGCAACCAAACGGUCACCCUACCCGCUGCUCCCCUAUCACACUCCGUGGAAUCUAUAGCACAAAUGAAGCAACGGACACUGUUCGGCGAAUAUGGUUCGAAGUCACCUCAGGACCUGCAGCAGAAGCCAGCCGAUUAGUGGCUCACAUUGAGGCACUACAAUGUUUACCUGCUUGCCCUGUCGACCGAAUCGUGAAUAUGGUCGACCACACAGGAAACACGGCUCUCCACUACGCGGUGUGUCAUGGGCGUUGGUUGGUCGUGGAUGCACUCAUUGCCAACUGUCCGGGCAUCGAUGUGGACACAUUCAACCGGGCAGGAUACACGCCAUCUAUGUUGGCAGCGGUAGUACUGGAUCAGGUGAGUUGA